AUGAUUCGCGAAGUUAGAGUCAGUGAGUUCGCCGAUCGUUACUUAAACGCGCGCAUCGAUAGUCUUUUAUCUUCCUUUUCUCAUAUUUUUCCUUGUUCAAUACUCAUUUUCGGUAUUAGAGUCAGUGCUCAAGAGAAUGAGGCCUCUACAGGAGAUCAAGAUCGUAAGUAUAAUUUUAUAUAUCUCAAUUUAUUCAAUUUUUCAAAUUUAACAACAAAAUACAUAUAAUAUUUGAUGUUUUGUUGCAGAUGCUUCACAUCAGCAUUAAUUUUUUUAUAUUUUUUGGGAAAAAUCCAAUGGUGGCUCUAAAGCCAAGAAUGUAAGAAUCUUUCAUUAUCUCCAAUUUAAGAUUUUGCUUUGCUUUUAAAUAUGAAGUCUAAUGUUUAAUCUUUUGUUAUAGGUUUUCUACAGUCUCCAAUUUCCCUAAUCCUCCAAGAAUUUUACGAUGCUUCAAAAGCUAAAAAUGUGAGUAUUUUAAUAUAUUGUAUUUAAAUUCUAUUCUUUGUAGUUCUUUUCUAUUGAAGUCGAAUGUAAAAUUAUAAUUACAAAAUAAAAACACUUAAAAUUAUUAGUCCUAAUUCUUAAUUAUUAAAAUUUAAAGUUUCACAAAUAACGUUGCAUUCUUUGUUUGUUUUUUAAGAAAUUUUUCUCGGCGUUCACUUCCAUCAUGGAUUCUACUUGAUGAGGAUCUUCACGACUUUCCCUGCUCCAGUACAGCAUCGAUGAUAACGAUUCUUCACAUCUAUCCUGUGAGUCGCAUGCAUUUAUGUUCCUCCAGUCGCUCAAUCAUGUCGGGUGACUGGUUGUAUACGUAGAAUUUUUUAUGAGUAUAGUGACCGCGGGUAUUUUUUAUACCCGUGAGUAGUAACAUUUUUUCUAUGUAUUAGAUCAGGAUAUGGCUUCUUGCACAUCGCGAAUUAGGAUUCAUAUCGAAU